UCUCUCUUUGCCUGUAGGUGGGCUUUGGAGUCCAAGUUUCUCUGUUUUCCACAUACAGCAGCCCCAAAACGUCUUCGACCUCUUCACCUUCGCCAAUGUCUGUGGACAAGACGUUCUAUCCAACUUGACUCCUGGACAAUCUCUAGUUCUAACCCAAAAGACGAUAAUGGGUCAUUAAAUGUCGACUAUCCCCUCUGUGUACAACACGGAUUUAUCAAUUCGGGGUUUACCAGUUCACAACUACCUACAUACCCAAAGUAGAUACAACCGGACAUAUACAUCCCCUAUGUCCGGUGCUUCUCAACCCCAUUGCAACAGACUAUUGAGUCUGGGUUGUAACGUACAAACCACGUAAAAAACACUACAAUUGUCCUUCAGCCCAAAAGUCAUCUAUGUUCCUCGCGGGUUGAUCAUCUUACGUGGAACCGGAGGAGCUCGUGUCUUGAUUAGUGAACCUCAUUCUCUGUAGCAACUACAAGAGGGACCUAUUUCCUCCAUCACACGCAUCAUCACAAGGACUUCGCAAUCGUCUUUUCCAAUCCCGCUGACUUUAGGCAAGCAAUCUCACACGAAGGACCUCCACAUGUCGUAGUUAUAGAUUGCUGAGAACCAAUUGGUUUGUGUCAAACAUCAACGCCGCCAUGACUAAUACUGUAUACACGACAAAAAACACUAUCACAAUGCAGGUACAAUAAAAGACCAACAGCAUUCAACUGUUCAUCCGACUCCGAGCCAUGUCAUCAUAUAUAAAAGGGACAUCUAUAUCCUCCUCCAUCUACAUUCACACACAGACAGCAACUAUCCAUCACUCCUGGAUUAGAUUCCAAUAACAAGAUUCUUGACUAUCAAAACCUCUAGGUUCUUUUCGAAACACAAACCUCCAACAUGGCUUCCAACAAAACCAUCGUUCUCGUCACAGGUGCCAACACGGGCAUUGGCUACGAGACCAUCAAAGCUCUCUACGCCUCUGCUACGCCUCACACACUUUUGAUGGGCAGUCGUUCCCUCGACAAAGCCCACGAAGCCAUCAAGAAGAUUCAAUCGGAUGUUCCGGAAUCUUCUUCGGAAAUCGUGCCCGUUCAACUUGACAUUGAAGACGAUGAUUCCAUCGAGAAGAGUGCCCAGUUUGUCCAGUCUACAUAUGGCAAGUUGGACGUGCUUGUCAACAACGCUGGAGCAUCAUUCGACCCAGUAAUGGCAGCAACCCCGGGCCCAAAAGCCCUCCGCGAAGCCUGGAACCACACCUACUCGAUCAACGUGACCUCAACAGAGGCUACGACUCAGGCCUUUGCGCCCCUCUUGGUCGCCUCAUCGUCUACUGCGCGGAUCCUCUUCAUUACCUCGGGUCUCUCCUCCUUCGCCCACGUCGCGGGCGGCGCCCUCGCCGCAACCGCGAGAUCCCCCGCCAUCCCGGCUGGUUGGCCCAAGCCCGCGGGUCCACCGUCCUUCAUUGCGUACCGCAGCUCCAAGGCUGCGUUGAACAUGCAGAUGUUGGAGUGGUCGCGCGUGCUCAAGGAGGAUGGGGUCAAGGUCUUUUGCAUUAGUCCUGGGUUUUUGGCGACGGGGUUGGGUGGGGUGGGGAGCGAGAAGUUGAAGGCUGUGGGUGCGGCGGAUGCGUCGGUUGGGGGCGAGUUGAUUAGGGAUGUUGUUGAGGGCGGGAGGGAUGCCGAUGCUGGGUUGGUGGUUGCGAAAGAUGGAGUGCAGAAGUGGUGA